CGGACAGGCAAUGUAGGAAGCUUAGGCCGUAAGAGGUCGAUGGACAAGUACGCGAAGUGCGGAAGGUUGUAUGCAUCUUGCAUACAGCUAUUGCUCUUCAUUCGUCGACCUUUCUCGUGGUUCGACUUUGACGUCGUUCCGCCUGUUAUGCGCCUUUGUGCGGCAGCCGGCAGCUGGCAGGAGCAACAAGCCUGAUACAGCGCGGGCCACUUCAGGUCUCUUGUGACUGCCACCAACCUCUCACUCAGAUAGCCGGAAUGACCGCUUCAUACACACCCUCCAUGCAACGUUCGGAACCCGUUCGCCCUCUCUAACAUAAAACAGUCUUGAGACUCGAUGAGAGUCGAGGAAGCAACGGCCAGAACGGUGCGGUCAAGCCUGCGACUUGCCGUUGCUGGAACACCGGCCGUUCCAACAUUGUAGAACCAUCGACGACCUCUACUUCUUCGCCAUGAUUUCGGCCUUUUUCAUAUUCAAUCAGAAGGGAGAGGUGCUGAUCUCUAGGCUAUUCCGUAGCGACCUCAAACGAUCAAUAUCAGACAUCUUUCGCAUCCAAGUGAUCGCAAAUCCAGAUGUGCGCUCUCCGAUUAUCACGCUCGGCAGCACCAGCUUCUUCCAUGUGCGGCAUGACAACGUCUACGUGGUCGCUGUGACCAAGUGCAACGCGAACGUCGCGCUGGUGUUCGAAUUCUGCUAUCGUGUCAUCUCGAUCGGUCGCUCCUAUUUUGGCAAAUUUGACGAGGAGGCAGUCAAGAACAAUUUUGUUCUGCUUUACGAGCUUUUAGACGAAAUCUUGGAUUUUGGCUACCCGCAAAACAGCGAGAUUGACACGCUCAAGAUGUACAUCACGACUACGAGCGUCAAGUCUGAGCAGGCCGUCCGCGAAGAGUCGGCCAAGAUUAGCAUCCAAGCUACUGGAGCGGUCGGCUGGAGGCGAGCAGAUGUCAAGUAUCGCAAGAACGAAGCGUUCGUGGACGUUAUCGAGAACGUCAACUUGCUCAUGAGCUCCAAAGGGACGGUAUUACGCGCGGAUGUGGAUGGGCAAAUCCUAAUGCGGGCGUAUCUGUCAGGGAUGCCGGAAUGCAAGUUUGGGCUAAACGAUAAGCUGAUGCUCGAGAAGAAGGGCUCAACGGCAGCGACGGCCGAGGAUGCGAUCGUGCUAGACGACUGCCAAUUCCACCAAUGCGUAAAACUCGGCAAGUACGAUGUAGAUCGAAGCAUCAGCUUCAUCCCUCCUGACGGAGAAUUUGAGCUCAUGAGAUAUCGCUGCACAAGCAACGUGAACCUGCCAUUCAAGGUACAUCCUAUCGUCGAGGAAGUGACAAAAUCGCGUGUGGAAUAUUCUGUGCACGUGCGUGCCAGUUUUGACGCCAAGCUGAAUGCGACGAACAUCGUCCUCAAGAUCCCCACGCCGCUGAACACGACGAAUGUCAAGUGCCAGGUCCCGCUGGGCAAGGCCAAAUAUGUUCCCGCGGACAAUGUGAUCAUUUGGAAAAUCCCGCGCAUGCAAGGCGCCUCGGAGUGCUCGCUGCAGGCGGAAGCGGAGCGCUCCAGCACUACGCAUGGGAAGGCGUGGAGCCGGCCGCCGAUCGAGGUCGAUUUUCAAGUGCUCAUGUUCACUGCGUCAGGGCUUCUUGUCCGGUAUCUCAAGGUGUUCGAAAAGAGCAGUUACCAAAGCGUCAAAUGGGUCCGAUAUCUGACGCGCGCCAAUGGGUCCUACCUGAUACGUUUCUAGCUCGCCAAACAGCUGGGGAGUCCUGAGGGAUCCUCGCGUCUCAACGGCUUGCUCGCGACGCGCUCGCCCAUCUUGUACUCUAGUCAUCGUGUAUUGCUAUCAUUAC